AUGUUGGCAAGUCCGGUGCUGCGCGCGGCUUUGCGCGCACAAAAACGAAGAAAUAUCACAAAAUUCCCUGCUCUCGUCUCUCGACGCGCACUCGCCCAGUCGUCGACGGCCACAAAGGCCAGCGUGCUCGAAGUCCCCUCGGCGCGUCUGGAGAGUCUGAAACGCGGCCCAGAGCCCUCGACAUCCACGCUAGAACUGUCGCAGCAUCCAUCCCCCGCAGCCGCCCUCAAUCCAAUCUACCUGGAUGCCCAGGCCACAACGCCCAUGGACCCACGCGUCCUCGACGCGAUGCUCCCCUAUUUCACCGAUCUAUAUGGAAAUCCACACAGCAGAACGCAUGCAUAUGGCUGGGAAGCUGAAAAGGCAGUCGACGAGGCUCGGAGGCAUGUCGCAACCCUCGUCGGCGCAGAAGAAAAGGAUAUUUUAUUCACUUCUGGAGCGACAGAGAGUAACAACAUGAUCAUCAAAGGCGUCGCACGCUUCCACCGCGAGAAAAAGAAACAUAUCAUCACCCUCCAGACAGAGCACAAGUGCGUGCUCGAUUCGUGCCGAAAGCUCUCAGAGGAAGGCUUUGAUAUCACCUAUCUACCCGUAAAGCAAAAUGGCCUCGUCGAUCUCGACCUCCUCGAGUCGUCCAUCCGGCCAGACACCUGUCUAAUCUCGAUCAUGGCCGUCAACAACGAAACAGGCGUCAUCCAACCCCUGGCCGAAAUUGGUCGUAUUGCGCAGAAGCACCGGGGCGUAUACUUUCACACCGACGCCGCUCAAGCCGUUGGCAAAAUCCCACUCGACGUCAACGCGAUGAACAUUGACCUCAUGAGCAUCUCUGGCCACAAGAUCUAUGGUCCCAAGGGCGUCGGCGCAGCCUACGUCCGACGACGACCACGGGUGCGACUCGAGCCCAUCCUUAGCGGUGGCGGUCAAGAGCGCGGUCUUCGCAGCGGUACACUCCCCAGUACGCUCGUGGUAGGCAUGGGCGAAGCGUGUCGGGUGGCCGCGCAAGAGAUGGCCUACGACCACGCCCACAUCUCUGCGCUAUCCAAGCGUCUCAUAGAUGGUAUCACAUCGCAGGUUGACCAUGUCUACCGAAAUGGUGAUCCCAAUGGAUAUCCCGGCUGCGUCAAUCUCAGUUUCGCCUAUAUCGAGGGCGAGAGCUUCCUCAUGGCUAUGAAAAAUACGGCGCUCUCGUCGGGGAGCGCGUGCACUUCUGCGUCUUUGGAGCCAUCGUACGUGCUCCGUGCGCUCGGUGCGACGGACGAUAUCGCACAUUCGUCCAUUCGAUUCGGCAUAGGUCGGUUCUCGACGGAAGAAGAAGUCGAUUAUGUCGUUCGCGAGACGGUCAAAACCGUGAACCGCCUUCGUGAACUCAGCCCGCUGUGGGAAAUGGUUCAAGAGGGUAUCGAUAUUGGUACCAUCAACUGGUCCCAGCACUGA